AUGAAGGACACGUAUGUGGUGGGCAUGUGGAGUAGCACUUUCGAAAGCAGUCUACUUUGGAAAGCAAGCCGUAAUGGCCAAAUCGACGGCUCGCCAUCCAUUCGACCUGAGACAUACCGCGCACCGACUUUCUCGUGGGCCUCCAUAGAUGGGCAGAUAACUGCCCCUACUCCAACUAGAGAAAACCUUCUCAUCGAGGUUGUUGGCUUUCAUCUUGACCAUGAUUCACCGGACACAACCGGCCUUAUUACAGGAGGAUAUCUCGAUCUCAAGUGCCGGCCGGGAUCUUUCAAAAUGGUGGUCAACUACAUUGGGAAACUACAACAACUCUUCUUGGAAGUGGAUGGCGCCAUCGUAAAAUCUAAGCAUAAGAAAAAUUGGAGCGCUGGUGUGGGAGUGAAUUUGGAUGUCGGCCAGGCCCAGAAGAGCUUCGACGACGAGAACAAGGCGGGGUCUUUGUACUACGUUCCCACGCAGAAGCGGACAACAGCUGGCGUCUACUUGUGGUAUCUGCUGCUAGUAGCGGAGGAUGAGACCAAGACCACGUUCCGUAGGAUAGGGAUUGCGGUGACGGCCGAGGCCGAAGAGAUUGGUCUGCUGAGUACAGUUGAUAAGGAAGUCCGGACGAUCCGGAUUGUCUGA